AUGUCGACGCUGGUGGCGCCAGCUGCCCACUUUCCAGCCCGGCCCUUCACCGCCUCCAGCGCCCGGCCACGGCGCUCGCCCUGCAGCCGCGCCCAUGCGUCAGAUAGCACUGCCGCCCCAGCAUCCGCCUUCGACGAGCUGGUGGCCCUGGCCGUGGCCCGCGACCCCUCCCUGGCCCCACCAGCAAAAAACCAGGCACCCAAGGCCCCCUUCCGCACCCUUCCCCCCAAGGCCCCCUGGCUGCGCCAGAAGGCGCCCCAGGGCGAGCGGUAUGAGUACCUGGCGGAGCAGCUGUCCGGCCUGAAGCUGGCCACGGUGUGCCAGGAGGCCCAGUGCCCCAACAUCGGCGAGUGCUGGGGCGGGGGCGAGGGCGAGCUGGGCACCGCCACCAUCAUGGUGCUGGGCGACACCUGCACCCGCGGCUGCCGCUUCUGUGCGGUGGCCACCUCGCGCGCGCCGCCGCCGCCCAACCCUCGCGAGCCGGAGGACACCGCCCGAGCCGUCGCCAGCUGGGGCGUGGGCUACAUCGUGCUGACCUCGGUGGACCGCGACGACUUGCCCGACGGCGGCGCCGACCACUUUGCGCAGACCGUGCGCAGCAUCAAGGCCCUCCGCCCCGACAUCCUGGUCGAGUGCCUCACCCCAGACUUCCGGGGCGACCUCGGCGCCGUGCGCCACCUGGCACGCUCGGGGCUGGACGUCUUUGCGCACAACAUCGAGACGGUGGCCUCGCUGCAGCGGCGCGUGCGAGAUCCGCGCGCCGGCUACUUCCAGUCCCUGGACGUGCUGCGGGCUGCGAGAAGGGAGGGCGUGCACACCAAAUCCUCCAUCAUGCUGGGCCUGGGGGAGGCGGACGAGGAGGUCGUGGACACCAUGCUGGACCUGAGGGACGCGGGUGUGGACAUUUUGACCCUGGGGCAGUACCUGCAGCCCACGCCGCAGCACCUGGCGGUGCGCGAAUUUGUCACGCCCGAGAAGUUCGAGUACUGGCGGAAAUUUGGCAAGGAGGAGGUCGGGUUCCGGUACGUUGCCUCCGGGCCGCUGGUGCGGUCCUCGUACCGCGCGGGCGAGUUCUACGUGGCGGCCAUGCUGCGCCAGGACCGUGCAGAAAGCGCGGCCGCCGUCAAGCUGCAGGGGUUGGACCUCGUGGCGCCCGAGUUCUGA